CCCACCCCGGCAGCACCGGCCCAACACCAAGACCUCAUGUCUCUGGAGCUGACUCCAGGCCCUAUGGAUACCCCAAAGUUUGGGGGCUACUAAAACUCAAGAAGGAGGGAGAGGCACCGAUAAAGAGACCUAACGAGAGAAGAGAGCGGGACGAGUCUUCAAGGCUCUCCGGGGCAUCAUGUCGACAGGCCCCGGGAUGGGAGAGGAGGCAAUACCGGGGGCCCCUCGACCUCUGGGCCCCGUCGGGCUCCAGACCUUACUCGACCUGCUGGUGGGGGUCUACCAGGAGUUCUGCUCCUCACCCCUCUCCAGGGAGAAGUAUGUCUCUGGCUUCCUCGCAUGGGCGGACCCUCUGGUGAGGCAGGUGAAGAAGACCCGCAUCAAGAGAGAAGACUUCCACAUCCUAAAAGUAAUUGGUCGAGGGACCUUCAGUGAGGUUGCCGUGGCAAGAAUGCGUAGCACGCAACAGGUGUACGCUCUGAAGAUUAUGAACAAGUGGGAUAUGCUAAGGAGAGGAGAUACGGCGUGUUACCAGGAGGAGCGGGAGGUCCUGUUGAGAGGAGACCGGCGCUGGAUCACAGAGCUGCAUUAUGCCUUCCAGGACGACGACUAUCUGUAUUUAGUCAUGGACUACUAUGUGGGAGGGGACCUGCUCACUCUGCUGAGCAAGUUCGGAGAUCGGAUCCCAGAGGAGAUGGCCCAGUUCUACCUGGCCGAGAUGAUCCUGGCCAUCGACUCUGUCCACAGGCUAGGUUACGUGCACAGAGACAUCAAACCGGACAACAUUCUGCUGACGGCGGACGGACACAUCCGGCUGGGGGACUUUGGCUCCUGUCUGAGGGUCCUGAAGGACGGCAUGGUCCAUUCCUCCUUGGCGGUGGGCACCCCAGACUACCUUUCCCCUGAGAUCCUGCGGGCGGUGGAUGGAGGGGGAGGCUACGGCCCCGAGUGUGACUGGUGGGCACUCGGGAUCUGCGCCUACGAGAUGCUUCUGGGCACCACUCCCUUUUAUGCAGAGUCCAUCUCCGAAACCUAUGCCAAGAUCAUCCACUUCCAGGAUUACUUUGAGCUCCCCCCGUUGGGCCCCGAGGUGUCGGACACAGCCCGCUCCUUCAUCGCGGGGCUGGUCUGCGAGAGGGAGGAGCGGCUGGGCUCCGGGGGCUUCGGAGACUUCAGGGGCCACCCCUUCUUCUGCCACCUGGACUGGAGCGCCCUGCACAAACUCCCCGCCCCCUACCUGCCCGAGGUCGCGGACGCCACGGACACCGCCAACUUUGACGUGCACGACGACUGCCUGAGUGACAUGGAAACACUCUCCGAUGUCAUGGGAAGAGCUCCCACAGGUGUGCACCUUGCCUUCGUGGGAUACUCCUACACAGCUACCAGCCAGACCGGUGCAGUAGACCGCAGCCUAGACAUCAUGCUGGAGAUCGACCACAGCAGGCUCGGGGAAAACGAAAGGCUGAUUUCUGCAGAGAAGCUGCUUCAGGUGUGGCAGGACUCUUUGCCAGAGGACCUGAGCGGUCUCUUAGAGCUCCCUCUAGUGACGGACCAUGCAACAACCUCUAAGCAUACCACCAUAGAGGAAGAAAAAGAAGAAGUAGAAGAAGAAGAAGAGGAAAUAGAAGAGGUAGAGGAAGAGGAAGUAAAAGAAGACGAGGAAGAGGAAGGAAAUGAGGAACAAAUUUCAGGCCUUGAUGAAGACUUGCAAGGACGGUUACAGGAAGCAGAAAGGAGAUACUGUGAGUUGGAGAAGGAAAUGGAGAGACUGAGGGGUGAGAUGCAGGACUGGAGAACAAACAAGUCAACAGCCCUGACUCUGUGCCCGUCAGCUUUCCCUCUGACUGCCCACUGUGUGGAAUCACCACGGGAUGAGGCGAAGGCGCCCCCUUUCUGCCACUACCCUCUGGUGAUCCACACUCACCGCCACAUGCUCCUGUUUCACAGGGUGCGACUGCCCCAUGUGAAGAGUGAGCAUUACCUGCUGGUGUGUGCCAAGGGAGGGGAGGAGUGCCAGGCUCCCUGGGACAGACGCCUCACCACCGAGCUCUCCUGACCACAGACCAGCGCCUCCACCACCACCCUCUCGCUCUUCCUCUCUGGCCCCCGCUCCUUUUAUGUCCGCUCCCUCUGCUGAACUCUCUCGGUCUCUGGGUGGGAGAAGGAGGACCGGAAGGCCCUUCUCAGGCGCCGUCUACAACGUGGCCAAAGAGCCUCUGGGAAAAUAACCUUCGGAGUGGGGCAGAGUUGCGGAGACCCCUGGAUUAGCAGGCCAAAGAGAGAGCUGUGCCGCGUGCGAGUGAUACGACAGAAAGCACCACUCAGAGCGGGAAGGUUGCACAACACAGCGAUGGUGUUUCUCACGAGGGAAGUUGGAAAGACAGGUCGGAGGUGGAUGUCCCGGUUUCAAAUGACCUGGUUUGGUGCUAACUGUUCGCCAUAGAGUUGCACCAACGGGGAUCUAGGACCGGGUUGACCUUAACUGCUUUUUGGUUGUAUUUUCUUAUUUGUUCACUCUUUGAAAGGGCACGACAAGCGAGUGAAACAAAGAGAGGGGUCCUUGAGACGACCCCCUCCAAUGCAUUAUCUCCACCCGGCUUAGAUCUCAGACUGUAUACAACUUGCUUUGUGUUUUUUGUACCAUGCAUAUGCACCUUGGGGUGGUUUGAGCUUGUUGUGUUGCACUACUUAAGUCAUGUGUUGCUGUGCCCCAUUUAUCUUUUAGGUAUUUGAAAGGUUGCCCUUCUGCUUGUGAUUCUUUAAUAUAUAAUGCAUGUUUACUCCAUGGGUUAUUUCAGGGGUGAUGGUGUGAACCGUGACCGGGGACUGAAGCACUGUUAUGACCAGUGUAGGGGCCUGCUUCAAAAGCACGGCUCUUAACCAUGGUUUAGAAAUGAGGUGUGUGACGUGGGCAAUACCUUUGAAUGAAUUUGAAUGUAUAAUAAGUACCAUUAGGAAAAUGAUUUAUUUAUAAUGUGCCUUAAUAAUUAUAGGUUGGUCAUCAAAUGAAUAUAAAUAUAGGAGAAAACUAAUAUCUGAUUGGAUUUUGAAUGGAUGGGUGUGUGUGUGUGUGUGUGUGUGUGUGUGUGUGUGUGUGUGUGUGUGUGUGUGUGUGUGUGUGUGUGUGUGUGUGUGUGUGUGUGUGUGUGUGUGUGCGCGCGCGUUUGCUUGUGUAUUCGUAAGUGUGUCAGAGUGCAUAUGGGUCUUUCAGCAAAUAUGUCUUUAUACGACAACACAUUCAACAUAAAAAGUUCACUCAGUCUUGACAAAGGGAGUUUAAGGCUAACAUCAAUUAUUAAACAAAGAAACAGAAACCAAAAAUACAGAUGACUGUUCCUGCUAAAUCUUAAUAAUCUCUUGGACUGGAUCUGUAGAAGGCUGAGUAAAGAAUUGAGAAAAUACUCUAGAAUGUAGCACAACAAAUUGGGUAAUUUCAUAUCUUUCUUUUUUAGCUGUGAAUAUCACUUUAUGGAAAUAGCUCAAAUAGAAUGCCAAUUGCACCUUUAUAACAUAUGGCUGCUGCCAAUUCAUUAAGCCAGCAGAAAACCGUGCUGAAAUUUGAAAGUUAUUUUACAACCACGCCACUCCUAGAUCUCUGAGUCCAUGCUUUAUAUCAUAUCCUUUUAUGUCAUUACAUUUCUAUUUCGUCCCUACACGACCAAGAUAUUUUUGAAUCAAAAUAAAG